AGCGGCUUGAGUCAGACUCGUUGACCCAACUCGUCUACGUGGAUCGGACGCAGAGCUCAGAGGCUGUUUCCUUCCUGUUAAUCUAUUGUUCUAGAUCUGUGAGUCGCUGAGCUCGCCGUGAAAACUGGGAAUGGCUUCCUCGGAAGCUGAUUCCCGAUUGAGUCGAGUCGUAACACCAGCUCUAGAGAAGAUCGUCAAGAACGCAUCGUGGCGGAAACACUCGAAGCUCGCUAACGAAUGCAAAGCUGUUAUCGAGCGGCUAAAUUCGCUGCAGAAAUCACCACCUCCGUCGUCCUCUGCUGCUGCUGACUCCGAGCCUGAUUCCUCUGUUCCCGGUCCACUUAACGACGGUGGUUCGAUCGAGUACUCGCUCGCCGAUUCUGAAUUCAUCUUCAGCCCUCUGAUCAAUGCCUGCGGCACUGGCCUCGCCAAGAUCAUCGAACCUGCUAUUGACUGCAUUCAGAAGCUUAUCGCGCAUGGCUACAUUCGUGGUGAAUCGGACCCGUCCGGUGGAGCGGAGUCCCUUCUCCUUUUUAAAUUGAUCGAGUCCGUUUGUAAAUGCCAUGAUUUAGGAGACGAAUCCAUUGAAUUACCUGUGUUGAAGACUAUGUUAUCUGCCAUUAACUCCAUCUCGCUCCGGAUCCAUGGCGAAUGCUUGCUCAUGAUUGUACGAACUUGCUACGACAUUUACUUGGGAAGCAAAAAUGUGGUGAAUCAGACGACUGCCAAGGCUUCGCUGAUCCAGAUACUGGUGAUUGUUUUCCGGAGAAUGGAGGCGGAUUCGUCAACAGUUCCAAUUCAGCCGAUCGUAGUGGCUGAGCUCAUGGAGCCACUCGAAAAAUCAGAUGCGGAUGGGACAAUGACGCAGUUUGUGCAGGGUUUUAUCACCAAAAUCAUGCAAGAUAUUGACGGCGUGUUGAACCCUACAAUGCCAGGAUCAGGAUCAGGAUCAGGCUCCGGGGGCCAAGAUGGGGUAUAUGGGACUACCACAGUGGUGACUACGAAUCCUACGGAUUUGUUGGACUCCACUGAUAAGGACAUGUUGGACGCUAAGUAUUGGGAGAUCAGUAUGUACAAGUCAGCUCUAGAGGGAAGGAAGGGGGAGCUAGUAGACGGAGACGUUGAGAGAGAUGAUGAUGAUUUAGAAGUUCAGAUUGAGAAUAAGCUGCGGAGAGAUGCCUUGAUGGUUUUCAGGGCGCUGUGUAAGCUCUCCAUGAAGGCGCCUCCAAAGGAGUCUUCGACAGAUCCGCAGUCAAUGAGAGGGAAGAUUCUGGCUCUUGAGCUGUUGAAGAUCUUGUUGGAAAAUGCUGGAGCUGUCUUUAGGACCAGUGAGAGGUUUUCACGUGAUAUCAAACGGUAUUUGUGUUUGUCGUUGUUGAAGAACAGCGCUUCUACUCUUAUGAUUAUCUUCCAGCUCUCUUGCUCUAUUUUCAUUAGUCUGGUUGCAAGAUUCCGGGCUGGAUUAAAGGCCGAAAUUGGAGUUUUCUUCCCAAUGAUUGUUCUUAGAGUUGUGGAGAAUGUAGCUCAACCUAAUUUUCAACAGAAGAUGAUUGUUCUUCGGUUUCUUGACAAGCUUUGUUUGGAUUCCCAAAUCCUAGUUGAUAUUUUCUUGAACUACGAUUGUGAUGUGAAUUCAUCAAAUAUUUUUGAGAGGAUGGUCAAUGGUCUCCUUAAAACGGCUCAAGGGGUCACUCCUGGUACAGCUACAACGUUGUUACCACCUCAGGAGGCAGCUACAAAACUUGAAGCCAUGAAAUGCCUAGUAGCCAUAUUGAAAUCAAUGGGAGAUUGGUUGAACAAGCAGUUGCGCCUGCCAGUUUCUAAUUCAUUGAAUAAAUCUGAAGCAGUUGAGAUCGAUCUGGGACCCGGAAGUCCCCAAUUGGCUAAUGGAAAUGCUGAUGAGACUGCUGACAAAUCAGAUUCCUAUUCUGAAUCUUCAGGAGGUACAUCAGAUGCUCUAGCUAUCGAGCAGCGCCGGGCUUACAAACUCGAACUUCAGGAAGGUAUUUCUCUUUUUAAUCGGAAGCCAACUAAAGGUAUUGAGUUUCUCAUCAACGCGGGUAAGGUGGGUGAAUCUCCUGAAGAAAUAGCAGGUUUUCUCAAAGAUGCGUCAGGGUUAAAUAAAACUUUGAUAGGCAUGGAAUUUGAUGAGGCAAUUAGAACCUUUCUUGAAGGUUUUAAGCUGCCAGGAGAAGCACAAAAGAUUGAUCGAAUCAUGGAAAAGUUUGCUGAACGUUACUGCAAGUGUAAUUCUAAGGUGUUUACUAGCGCAGAUACAGCUUAUGUUCUUGCAUAUUCUGUGAUCAUGCUCAAUACUGAUGCCCACAACCCCACGGUGAAGAACAAGAUGUCUGCUGAUGACUUUAUCAGAAACAAUCGUGGAAUAGACGACGGAAAAGAUUUACCUGCGGACUACAUGAGAUCGCUGUAUGAAAGGAUAACAAAGCAUGAGAUAAAGAUGAAAGAAGAUGAUUUACCUUUGCAACAGAAACAGCACGCAAACUCUAACAAAAUGCUUGGUUUGGAUGGUAUAUUAAACAUAGUGAUCCGUAAGCAGUGGGGAGAUUCAUAUGCGGAAACAAGUGAUGAUCUGAUGAAGCAUAUGCAAGAGCAAUUUAAGGAAAAAGCUCGUAAAUCAGAGUCAACCUACUAUGCUGCUACAGAUGUGGUUAUUCUCAGAUUUAUGAUUGAGGCUUGUUGGGCUCCUAUGCUUGCUGCAUUCAGUGUGCCGCUAGACCAGAGUGAUGAUUUGAUAGUGAUCAACAUAUGUCUUGAAGGCUUCCACCAUGCAAUCCAUGCCACUUCGUUGAUGUCAAUGAAGACCCAUAGAGAUGCUUUUGUGACUUCACUAGCGAAGUUCACUUCACUUCACUCCCCAGCUGAUAUCAAGCAGAGAAAUAUCGAAGCCAUUAAGGCGAUUCUCAGACUUGCUGAUGAAGAGGGCAACUAUUUGCAAGAUGCCUGGGAGCAUAUUCUAACUUGUGUUUCCCGUUUUGAGCAACUACAUCUCUUGGGAGAAGGUGCUCCUCCAGAUGCCACUUUUUUUGCUUCCAAGCAAAAUGAGUCAGAGAAAUCAAAGCAACCCAAACAAUAUAUACUUCCUGUUCUGAAAAGGAAGGGUCCUGGGAAAAGUCAAUAUGCAGCUACAGGUGUCUUGAGGGGUUCAUACGACAGCAUGAGUCUUGGCGGAAAAGGUUCUAAGAACGUGAGACAAGAACAAAUGAGCAGUAUAGUCUCAAAUUUGAACUUGUUGGAGCAGGUUGGUGAAAUGAAUCAAAUAUUUUCUCAGAGUCAGAAACUAAACAGUGAAGCUAUAAUAGACUUUGUUAAAGCUCUCUGCAAAGUUUCUAUGGAUGAGUUGCGGUCUCCUUCUAAUCCACGCGUUUUUAGCCUCACGAAGAUUGUUGAGAUAGCGCAUUAUAACAUGAACCGCAUAAGGCUUGUUUGGUCAAGCAUCUGGCAAGUUCUAUCGGGUUUCUUUGUGACCAUUGGAUGCUCAGAGAAUCUUUCUAUUGCAAUAUUUGCAAUGGAUUCUCUGCGCCAGUUGUCAAUGAAAUUCCUGGAACGGGAGGAGUUGGCUAAUUACAACUUCCAAAACGAGUUUAUGACACCUUUUGUCAUCGUUAUGCGUAGAAGUAAUGAUGUUGAGAUCAGAGAACUUAUCAUCCGGUGUGUUUCUCAGAUGGUAUUGUCGCGUGUAAAUAAUGUUAAGUCAGGAUGGAAAAGCAUGUUCAUGGUUUUUACCACAGCGGCGUAUGAUGACCACAAAAACAUUGUGUUUUUGUCCUUUGAAAUUAUCGAGAAGAUUAUUCGAGAAUAUUUCCCAUACAUCACUGAGACAGAAACCACCACUUUUACAGAUUGUGUGAAUUGCCUAGUUGCAUUCACCAAUAACAGAUUUAGCAAGGAUAUCAGUCUCAGUUCUAUAGCUUUCCUCCGAUAUUGUGCAACAAAGCUUGCAGAAGGAGAUCUUAACUCGCUAUCAACAAACAAAGACAAGGAAAAUUCUGGAAAGAUUCCUCAGUCAUCUCUCCACAGUGGAAAAAGUGGGAAACAAGAGAACGGAGAGAUUGUAAACAACAAUAAUCAUCUCUACUUUUGGUUUCCCUUACUAUCAGGCUUAUCAGAGCUUAGUUUCGAUCCAAGACCAGAAAUCAGGAAAAGCGCACUACAGAUUAUGUUUGAUACCUUACGCAACCACGGCCAUUUAUUUUCUCUACCAUUAUGGGAAAAAAUAUUCGAGUCUGUAUUAUUUCCUAUAUUCGAUUACGUACGGCAUUCUAUUGAUCCUUCUGGCGAAGACGAAUCUGCUGAUCAAGGAAGUUAUGGUGGCGAUGUGGAUGAGCUAGAUCAUGAUGCCUGGCUCUACGAGACCUGUACAUUAGCACUACAGCUUGUAGUGGAUCUCUUUGUCAAAUUUUACACUACAGUCAAUCCACUUCUAAAGAAAGUACUAAUGCUUCUUGUGAGCUUCAUAAAGAGACCUCACCAAAGCCUUGCAGGGAUUGGUAUUGCUGCGUUUGUUCGUCUGAUGAGCGAUGCUGAUGGCUUGUUCUCUGAAGAAAAGUGGUUAGAGGUGGUGUCAGCUUUAAAAGAAGCGGCAAAAACAACUUGCCCAGAUUUUUCGUAUUUCCUUAGCGAAGAAUAUGUAGAAAGAAGCCAGAGAAAUGCUCUCAACAUUCAGAACAGUAAUGCUGAGUCUGCUGCUCCAACUGCUACCGAUGGUAAUGAAGAGAGUCAGAGAACAGCAACCCAUCUUUACGCCGCUAUCUCUGAUGCUAAGUGCCGAGCCGCUGUUCAACUUUUGUUGAUCCAGGCUGUGAUGGAGAUUUACAACAUGUACAGACCUCAGCUUUCAGCGAAAAACACAUUAGUCCUCUUAGAUGCAUUGCACGGUUUAGCUUUACAUGCUCACGGAAUAAACAGUAACACAAUACUUCGUUCAAGACUACAAGAGCUAGGACCCAUGACACAGAUGCAAGAUCCUCCACUACUUCGUCUCGAAAACGAGUCUUACCAAAUCUGCCUGACAUUCUUACAGAAUCUUGUUGCAGACAAAACCAAAAAAGAAGAAGAAGAAGAAGAGGAAAUAGAAUCACUUCUAGUCAACAUCUGUCAAGAAGUUCUCAACUUCUACAUCGAGACUUCUGCUUCUGCAAAAAAACAACAAUCAGAAUCAUCAAGGGCCAGCGAAUACCGAUGGAGAAUACCUUUGGGAUCAGGAAAACGAAGAGAGCUAGCAGCAAGAGCUCCUCUUAUAGUUGCAACACUUCAAGCAAUAUGUACAUUAGAAGAGGCAUCAUUUGAGAAGAACCUGAAAUGUCUAUUUCCACUUCUGGCUAGCUUGAUUAGCUGCGAACACGGGUCUAACGAGGUUCAGACUGCUCUUGCUGACAUGCUUGGAUUAUCGGUUGGUCCGGUUUUACUCCAAUGGUGCUGAUUUUUGCUCUCUUUUCUUUUUGGCUUUCAUCUUUCACUUUGGCUUGUGAUGUUAAUGCUUGCCUUUAUAGAGUUCUCUUUUAAAUUCAUAGCGGUUCUAUAUAACACUCGU